CUAUUUCUUAUUCUUCCUCUUCCCCGUUUCCCCCCCCCACCCUUUUUUAAAAGAAAGCUUUUCUUCCACAAAUACAACCCCCUCCCCCAAUUUCUAAGCCUAAAGGGACGUUGUCUAAAAAAAAACUUAGAAACGCAACAGAAGGCGGAGGAGUUGAGCAACUAAAGGAAACUAAAAAGGAGGAAGAACCACCCACCGCCCAAAGGACAUGGGGGGGGGGAGCGUGUGAGAGAGAAGACGCUAGGGAGGAAUUUACAGGGUCAAAGCUGAGAUUCUAAACAGGUUUUUUUGGGGGGGGGGUGUUAAGCCCCCAUUGACUUACUGCUCAGAAGGUGGGGAAGCAGGUGGGAGUGAAAAUGCACCUCUACCGAGCUGCUCCCUCCUCUCCCCUAAAAAGAAUUGUUCCACCGGACGAUGUAAAUCCAGAUGGAGCACUCGGAAGUCAGAGGACAAAUACAGCAGCAAAGGCAGCGGAAGCCUUGGGGAAAGCUGAUCCGCUUGGGGGCAGAGGAAGCCGAGCCUCACCUCUUGUUGCUGAAGAAAGAGUGGACAAUUGGGAGGAAAAAAGGUUGCGACCUGUCCUUUCCUGGCAACAAACUGGUAUCUGGAGAUCACUGUAAAAUAAGGGUGGAUGAAGAAUCUGGUCAAGUAUCACUGGAGGAUACCAGCACUAAUGGAACGGUUAUUAACAAACAGAAGGUGGUGAAGAAGCAGACUUGCCCAUUACAGACUGGAGAUGUGAUCUAUGUUAUUUACAGGAAAAAUGAGCCAGAAAACAAUGUUGCAUAUCUUUAUGAAUCCUUGAAUCCAAAACAGGACCCAGCUAAUGAGCCAGUAGAAGCCACUGUCAAAAGCAUGUGCCAUAUGACCAAAGAUACCUCAAGUACCAGACAAAGCGAAGAUGGGACCUCGGCGGCAUUGCCACCGUCUGCUAACCAGGCUAGCUAUGACGAACCACAGCCAUCCACUUCCACGUCGAACCUCUUUAAUGCUGCUUCUACCUCUCUCGCUGAGUCCAUAUCCAUGGAGCAGGAUAAUCCCUCAACAUCUGGGUCGCAACCGUACGCCUUUAUUCCUGCACCUUCCCUGCCUGGCUUGGAACCAUGUGGUCCAGAAGCAUCACUUAAACACAAGCAGCCCAAUGUAAAUACUGAAACUUCUGACACUUCUUCAGGGGAUAAAGAGAAAACCGUGUUGGCUAUGCCCAAGUUGAAAAGCAGGGAUGAAGAGGAAGCCCUGGAGCCUGCCAGGAAGAAAAUAAAAGCAGCUGGCGACGCCAGCACAUAUCUCCAGGUGAUUCCUCCAAACGAAUGUGCAAUUAAAACAGGGACUGAAGACACGAAGUCACCAAAUGUGAAGCCAGACAAAAUGGAAGAAACACUCACCUGCAUCAUCUGCCAAGAGCUGCUGUAUGACUGUGUCAGCUUGCAGCCCUGCAUGCACACUUUCUGUGCCGCUUGUUACUCAGGAUGGAUGGAACGCUCCUCUCUCUGUCCAACUUGCCGCUGUCCGGUGGAACGUAUCUGUAAAAACCAUAUUUUGAACAAUUUGGUGGAAGCUUACCUCAUCCAGCACCCAGACAAGUGUCGCAGUGAAGAAGAUGUGCGAAGCAUGGAUGCCCGGAACAAAAUCACUCAAGACAUGCUUCAGCCAAAGGUGCGAAGGUCCCUUUCGGAUGAAGAAGGAAGUUCUGAAGAUCUGCUGGAACUGUCUGACGUUGAUAGCGAAUCCUCUGAUAUUAGUCAGCCAUACAUUGUGUGCCGACAGUGUCCGGGGUAUCGUCGGCAACCCGCUACGGCCAUUGCCUCUCCGGGCCAGGAAGGAGAAACGGAAGCCCGGCAGUCCUUAGGGGAUGCACCAUCUACCUCUGCCAACUUUCCAACAGCUGUCCAGGAGUACGUGUGUCCUUCUCAAGGAAGCCACGUGAUAUGCACUUGCUGUUUCCAGCCGAUGCCAGACCGCAGAGCAGAGCGUGAACAGAAUCCGCAUAUCGCCCCCCAGCAAUGCACCAUCUGUCUCCAACCCUUCUGUCACAUGUACUGGGGUUGCACUCGAGUGGCAUGUUUUGGUUGCUUGGCACCAUUCUGUGAAAUAAAUCUUGGUGACAAGUGUUUAGAUGGCGUCCUUAAUGGCAAUAACUAUGAAUCGGACAUUCUAAAGGAUUACCUGGCAUCCAGGGGUUUAACAUGGAAAAAUAUGUUAAACGAAAGUCUCCUAGCUCUUCAAAGAGGAGUUUUUAUUUUACCAGAUUACCGCAUUACUGGAGAAACUGUUCUCUGUUACUGUUGUGGCCUCCGCAGCUUCCGAGAGCUUGCUUAUCAGUACAGGCAGAAUAUUCCUGUUACUGAAUUGCCAGUGGCUGUCACGUCACGCCCUGAUUGCUAUUGGGGGCGCAAUUGCCGGACUCAGGUCAAAGCUCACCACGCAAUGAAAUUCAAUCACAUCUGUGAACAAACACGAUUCAAAAACUGAAGGUUUUUUAACUGGCCUGAAUACUCGCAGCCUGUAGGAAAGGAGGGGAAAAUUAAAUCUGCAAUACUGACCGUACAGUUAUUGUUUCAUUGUUCCCUCAUAGCAGGGAAUUGGUAACUCUUUUUACAUCAGAUGCUCUGGUGUAUAUUUUUGAUUUGUAAAACAUUUUUCACAGUUUAUGAGCAGGUCAGUGUCUUUUUUUUCUUUUCUUUUCCUUCAAUAGACAGUGUGGAACAAGCAAUUCAUUCAUGAUUAGUCUGCCCCUGCUUCAUCAUGUUUUUGACUUAAUGACAUCAUCAUUGGACUGAAGGAUUCUAAUGGCAUUGAAUAAAGUAGGGGGAGUCUACGCUGUGUGGCAGUAAUUGCGCUGUUCAAAUAUAUUGAGAGCUAUUGUUUGUGGGGUGAAGUAGGACUACAGGGUGGGUGCAAAAAGUUGCUAGGCAAGCGAUAAGCUCCUUCUUGACACACAGAUGGGCAGCAGUAGUUACCCACUCCACCCAAGUGGUGUAGUGGAGGACAGUUGGGGCUGUGUCUACAGGGUCUUGCUAAGGCGAUUGCAUGGCCCUUCAAUCAACAUGGCUGUCAAAAAGAUCACAGCUGGAUUUGGCCUGGCCUAUCCAGUUGUCAGGGGCGACUUGUGAUACCCUGCCCUUUCUUGCAACAUUUGCUCCUGAGUGCUGCAAUGCCCAAUCAGCGCAGCUGGAAUGUACCCUUUUUAUUUGUGGUGGUGAUGAGAUAAAUGGGAGCAAUCUCUUUUUAUUUUCUUUAUUUUUUGGUCAGGUCUUUUGCUUUUGCCAGUGUGGUGUAGUGGUUAAGAGCGGCAGACUUGUAAUCUGGGGAACCGGGUUCGCAUCUCCGCUCCUCCACAUGCAGCUGCUGAGUGACCUUGGGCUAGUCACACUUCUUUGAAGUCUCUCAUCCCCACCCACCUCACAGGGUGUCUGUUGUGGGGGAGGAGGGGAAAGGAGAUUGUUCGCCGCUUUGAGACUCCUUUGGGUAGUGAUAAAGCGGGAUAUCAAAUCCAAACUCUUCUUCCUGGAAUCCCUGAGGCUCUGCUCCCUUCUCCUCCCCUUAGAUACGUUUGCUUUUCAGUCUUGGGACCAGAGGGAUAGCAAGACAGUCACCUUCUUGUUUUGACAACCGUUGGACUUUUGAGAUCAAAAUAACAGCAAUCCUGGACCUCGUUUUACAAAGCGAAUGUGUUCAUGCAAGUCUUUCUUUUCUUUUCUUUUUUAACAGCCAUUGGGAGAGAAGUGGAAGUAAUAUUUUAGAGCAACCCCUCCAAUUGUUGACAUUUGCUGUCCCCUACUUAUAACCCAGUUACACUGGAGACUUGUUAUUCCUUACCUAGACCAUAAAGGUGAUCUCUAGGUUGUUGUACGGAAUGGGCGCAAUCCAAGCAAAGUCAAUAACUUUUAGUUGCUGGUGCUGUCAGUAUAACUUUAAAGGUUUUUCAUAUUUUGAUUGGACCUCCCCUUAGUCUUAUAUUUCCUGCGUUCUUUUCAUUACACAUAGAGGAAAGUUGUUUUUGUCUCUGCUUAUAUGAUAGGCAUGGUGGUAGAAUCGCGCAUCUUAUUCUAAGCAUUUUUAAGCUCUCCUUUUGACUUUAGAAUUACACACAAAGCAGUACAAAUAAUAGGAAUUGCCUUUGAAAUCAGGAAUUGCCUUUUGAAAUUAUCUGUGCAUGAAAACAUUUCUACUUUGCAAAUUAUGCUGCAGAUUGUAACUGUUGGAUCAAGGCAGCCUUGAGCAGGGUAGGAUGUAGAAAUAAGUUGCUUCCUCAGGCGCCCCCCCCCCCAAAUUCUGGAAUUAUGUUGCUAAAUUAGCAAUGCCACUGUUCAGCAAUACACUAGAUGAUGCUUUGCAAUGUACAUUUUUACAACAUAAGAUUGCUUUUUAAAAACAUCAAUGUGCUGGUAGAUUUAAUAAUGCCAAGAGCACAGUCUUCCUUUUUGUAAUAAUGGGGCAUGGUGCAACACAUUAACUUCCCAUACCCUAAAACAGUAAUGUGGGAACUCACCCAAAGAGAAAGCCAACAGGCUAAUCCAGGAUGUUUGCCUACCCAAGUGUCCUUUAAGGGUGGGUCUAAGGCAUUUACAAAAGGAUUUGUCACUUUUAAGUGUGUAAAAACGUUAUUUCACUCCUGGCUUUAAAAACAUAGAGCUUCCAAAGUGUUAUGGUUUACUAACCACAUCCAAACCAUUUGUAAUAGAAACUUAUUCCCUACCCCACCCCACCCCGAAACGCCAACCUAACAUAAUGAGCGCCUGCUCACUGUAGCCAUAGGAAAAUUUUAAGUGGGGUGCCCUUAAACCUUGAUGCAGUCAAUUGACUGGAUGCUCUAGAUUGCAUCCUAAACAUGGCUUAGUAGGUUUAAGUCUGGGUUCACGAUCUGGGGACCCUGUCCAUAAAUCCUGUUAGUGGUGCGGGAACCAAUUCCCUGUACAGCCGUACCUUGGUUCUCAAACACAUUGGAACUCGGAUGUUUUGGCUCCUGAACACCAAAAACCCAGGAGUGUUCCGGAUUUUGAACUUUUUCGAAAGCUAUACAUCCAACGCGGCUUCCGACUGAGUGCAGGAAGCUCCUGCAGCCAAUUGGAAGUCGCGCCUUGGUUUUUUAAACAGUUUCGGGAGUGAAAUGGAUUCCCGGAAUGGAUUAAGUACGAGAACCAAGGUACAACUGUAUCCACUUCCCUGACUUGAAGAUGCAGGAGAGCAGGAUGGGGAGAACACAUGCUAUGUCUAUCCACUGCAAUUUGACCUGUGACACUUUUUUAGGUCCUUUCCACCUCUCCUACACAUCUCCAGUCCAACAUGGGAAAUUGCUACAGGGAAGUGGUUUCUAUGUUAUCAGUACCAUAAGUUUGAAACAGAUUCCCAAGCCCAGCCUGAUGUCAAGUUGUAUUCUUGGACUAUGUGGUGCUUUCAUUUCCUGAAAUAAUGUUAACGGUGUGCUGGCAUUGGAAAGACCAAAAGGCAAUACUGCACAAUGUAAAAUACAUUACCUUUUGGGAAAUCAGAAUUACUGCUGGAUUUCAUUCUGAAAGCAAAGGGUGAAGACAUACACAGGACAAAAGAAUGUUUUUAGUCGAUUACUGCUGUUGUCUUAACUCAAACUCUCCAGAUGUUACACUUAAAGAACUGUUGCUGGUGUGCUGGACCACAAAUCUGGCAACUAUCGUCAACAGAGGGCUAGAAGCAGCUUACUGCCAUGGAAAUAGCAUGGUGCUUGAGAAGGGAAAUAACAGCUUUUUCUUCAUGUAUACAUUUAAACUUAGAGCAGUCCUUGCUUAAACAGGCUUCCCAACCCAACUGACCUAAAACUUACCCAGGAAAACGAUAGACAAAUAUGCAAUAUUAUAAAUUAUGUAAUAGUACCCAAUUACGUGUCUGCAUAUCUGUAUUGUUGUACUUGGUAGAGUAGAAGUCAGUCCAGAGCAUAAGGACAAGUUUGUUAUAAUUGGGAUAAUCCAUUUGGGUAACGCUGUUCCAAGCAUGUAUCAUUUCAGGUUGCAAUGGUGACUUCCAUGUCUCAAUGCUUCUCCCAUAAUCACAAACAUUAGCAUGCCAGAAGUAGGGGGUUAACCUUUUCUUCUUUAUAAAGAGAACUUUUUUUGUGGGAGAGUACUCAAACAUGCAGUCAGGAGACUAAAAGUGGAAUUAUCUUCUGGUUUUAGGUCAUCUAGCAGCUUGCACUUAAUCUCUUCUGUGGUAACAGGAUUCACUUAAACUGCAGCCUAUAACUUGCCAAGUUGCAAGCUCACAAUCAGUGGGGGAGUUACUAACAUUUAGCAAUGCGAGUAUAUGAUAUUGGGGAUGAAGAGGGUGAGUGAAGUUGUAUAUCUUGAACUUGGAUCUGUAAAGCUUUUGCAGGAAGAAUGGGUGGCUUUUUAAGAUGCCUGUUUAGUACCUACAAAAUAGUAUGGAAUGGCCUAUUUUUACGGGGAAAGCUGGUCUGGAAUAAUCCUUGAAGUUGACAAAUGGAAAAUGUGCAUUUAGUUUCAGUUCUGACACUUGAGUUUUCUGUUGUGUGUGUUUGUGUUUAAAGCUUGGGGGGGGGGGGGAAUAGUGUAAAAGUCUGCAGUUACGGAAUCCUCUAAGGCUGAGCAUUUCCAGCUGCUUGGUCUCUGUUUCAGCUCAGCAUGUGCGUGUGAGCACAUUUUUUGCAUAUGUGAAAAAGGGGAGCCCCUUGCACUUCUGUUUCCAGGGCAUGCUUUGCAUUCCCUGUUGCUUCUUCCUGUAUUCAGAAUUGGCAUCCAGCAAAGAGUUUCUUUUGAUUGCUGGAUGGGUUGAAAAUUAUGGGCUCCUCACUCCCCUGAAAAAAUGGUGCUUUAUACUUGACUUGUAAUGGUUCACAUUAGGCAUGUAUAUUCUUGCUCUGGGCACAUCAAUAACCAUGUUAUGAAUAAAAAGAAAUUGAAGCAAUCGGCUGUGCUGCACAUCAGAGGGCUGUGAAUUUGAUGCCACCACACUCCUCUCACACACACAUAUAUACACACUAAAUCUACUUUUUCUAUGCAUUAGGCGAUUGAAGUAUUGCAAUGGAAUGAAAAGGGUUUUUUGUGCAUACGCUGUAUCUUUUUUAAAAGAAUGAAAAUAAUUAAUAUUGCCAAUGUUGGUGGGGCUGAAUUGACCUUUAAUCUUUAAUAUGCUCUUUUAAGUAUUGAAGAGCACCAUUGUUCAUGGGUAUUACAUACUCUUACAUGUUUUAGUCCUUUUUUAAAAAAGCAAAAAAAAGCAAAAAAGCAAAUUGUAUGGAUUGGCCGGGUGAUGUUUUUUAGUUAAUGUGUUAACUUCUAAAAGUUUACUUGAUGUUUAAAAACUGUAAAUGGUUUGGCAUAUUUUAACCUCUCUGAAGUACAGGCUUCACCUCCCUUCUGUAAGAGAGAGAGAGACAAAACACUGGGAGUUGGAGAAUAGUCUGUUCUUAGGAUAGAUGUGGAAAACUGAGGAUUGUGUAUUGCUAAAUAAGGCCUAGUCUCCUUCUCUGGGAUAUUCUUCUGUAAAGAAGGUGGGCAAAUAGUUCUUCCAACCUUUUUUGUGGCAAUGUCAAGGAUUAAAAAGUUUACUCAUGAAAACUGCUUCUAUUGUCUUUUUCUUUGUUGAGUUUCUAUUUUAGCUUGGCUCCCUCCCUUCUUUUGCCAUUAAAGCUCAAAUUUUGGACUACUUCAUGUGAUAUCAUGUGUAUGAUGACAUCUAAUUUCCUUUCAUAUAUAUCUAUAUAUAUAAAAAUGUAGACACUGCAAGCGCGGAGAUAACACCCUUACACUGUAACAGCUGAACCGAAUUGCAUCAAAUUAGGGCAAAGUGUACCUUGCCAAUCAGGGAGGGAUCUGGCGUAAAAAAAUUUUUUCAAAAAAACCACACCCCUCACACAACUUGAAGCCAUUGGUUCGAGUCCUACCCUCCAAGGCUAUCAUAUCUUCCCUCAGUCUCUUUUCCAGGCUAAACUUACCCAGCUCCUUCAAGUGCUCGUUGUAAGGCUUGGUAUCCAGGCCCUUGAUCAUCUUAGUUACCCCUCCUCUGCACAUGUUCCAGCUUGUCAGCAUCCUUCCUAAAUUGCGGUGCUCAGAACAGGACACAGUAUUCCAGGUAUGGUCUGACCAAGGCAAAAUAGAGUGGUACUAUUAAUGCCCGUGUUCUGAAUAGUGAUAGCUUUUUUUUGCUGCUGCAUUACACUGUUGACUCAUCAAACCACAUCUUUUGGUAAAAAGCUAAAAAAAAGGUGGAUCUAGAAGCUACUUUCCUUUUCUGCGGUCCAGAAUGCGUGUCGGAAGGGAGCAGGGAAAGACCUUUAUUUACCAACUUAGUUCACUCAUUCAAGUACCCGAGGUAAGCUGAUGGGUAGCAACCCCACACUUUUUGCCUCCAUUGUCUUAACCCCACUUCCCACCCCACUGUGAUCCUAAUCUCGAGUCCCACUCUUUCCCCCUCCUAAUUCCAAGUGAUGCUGCCCCCCAUGCUACUCAUAGCUGCCAACCUUAAUGUACAGUACAGAAGCAAGACUGAACUGUUUGGAAAGGUCAAGAAGACAGUUUGCAUCUAGUUUAGUUACAGCACAGUCAUGUGCCUGUCUGUUUAGAAGUAAAUGCCACUAAGUUCAAUUGGGCUAAGAACAUGUAUAGGAUUGCAAUCUCGGGCAACAAACCUUGGGAGUCUACCCCACUGAACUCGGGGGGGAGGUAGACUGCAUAUGAUUGGCACCAAUUAAGUUUUAGACCUACCUCUCCUACAUUAGGGGACCCAGGUGGCGCUGUGGUUAAACCACUGAGCCUAGGGCUUGCCGAUCAGAAGGUCGGUGGUUCGAAUCCCUGUGACGGGGUGAGCUCCCGUUGCUUGGUCCCAGCUCCUGCCAACCUAUG